UAGGCUGAAAGUGUGUGAGUAGAGAGACAGAGAGGAACAGAGAGAGAGAGAGAGAGAAAGAGAGAGAGAGAAUCAGCAGUGUGUGUGAGAGGUUGAAGGAUCACUUGUAUCCCGUCUUGUUUUUUGGGAGACUAACCUUGUUCAUCUGAGCAUUGUGGGACUGUUUUAUGUUGUUGUUGUCGAGAGAGACGGACCCUUACUCCAGCAUGCUCACUGAGCCUGAGCUACCUCAGGAGUGUAACAGGAUGUCUUCCAAGCGACCAGCCUCUCCAUAUGGGGGGACAGAUGGAGAGGUAACCAUGGCAACCAGCAGACAGCGAAUGGAGGAUGAGGAUAGCGAGGGACUGGGUGGUGUCAUCCACCUCCCCCUGGUCUCCUACUGUGGCAAGGUGUCCCCUCGCUCGCCCCCCAACCGCAACUUGGACAGCCCCCCCAACAUGGAGCAGGACUGCACUAAGGGGAGCUCUCUGAGCCCUUACCCCCAGCACAAUGCUACCUCACCUGGCAAAGAGGAUGGUGGAGGAGGAGGAGGAGGAGGAGGAGGAGGAGGAGGAGGGCGGCCCUGCAGCGACGGGGGCUCCGCCACGGGUACUCUCGGGACCCCUGAGAGACGCAAGGGCAGCCUGGCAGACGUGGUGGACACACUGAAACAACGCAAGAUGGAGGAGCUGAUCAAGAACGAGCCAGAAGAGGCCCCCAGCAUUGAGAGGCUGUUGUCUAAGGACUGGAAGGAUAAACUUUUGGCCAUGGGCUCAGGGCACAUCGGAGAAAUUAAAGGUACCCCAGACAGCCUGGCGGAGAAAGAGCGCCAACUCAUGGGCAUGAUCGGCCAGUUAAGCAGCCUGAGGGAGCAGCUCCUGGCGGCCCACGAGGAGCAGAAGAAGCUGGCCGCCUCGCAGAUGGAGAAGCAGAGGCAGCAGAUGGAGCUGGCCAAGCAGCAGCAGGACCAGAUUGCACGGCAACAGCAGCAGCUUCUGCAGCAGCAACACAAAAUCAACCUCCUGCAGCAACAAAUCCAGCAGGUCCAGGGCCAGCUUCCUCCACUGAUGAUUCCUGUCUUUCCUCCAGACCAGAGGACUCUGGCGGCGGCUGCAGCCCAGCAGGGCUUCCUAAUGCCCCCUGGCUUUAACUACAAGCCUGGCUGCAGUGACCCAUACCCUCUCCAGCUCAUCCCCACAACAAUGGCUGCUGCUGCUGCUGCUGCUGCCACACCAGGACUGGGACCCCUACAGCUCCAGCAAUUGUACGCGGCUCAGCUGGCGGCCAUGCAGGUUUCCCCGGGGGCAAAGCAGCACGGAGGAAGCCUUCCUCCCCAAGCAAACCUGGGAACACACUCCCCACCCACCAACACACACAGUCAGAGCGAAAAGGGCCGCAGCACCCCACCUACAAACAAGUCCAAGGACAGUGAGGGUGCACAGCCACUGAACCUGUCGGCCAAGCCUAAGGCAUCCGAGAGCAAGUCACCCAACUCCCCCCCAACUUCCCCACAGGUCCCUGCUGCUGCCGCGAACAAGCUUGGCCCUGCAGGCUCCAUGAAGCACAGCAUCGCGCCCUCCAGCAUCGGUGGACCACCAGCCAGGGUUAGCUCCAUCGCAGACCUGUUGUCAUCGCUGUCAACCACAGCCUACCUGAACGACCACGAGGCCGUCUCCAAGGCCUUCGCCGAGGCCCGGCAGAUGAAGGAGCAGCUGAAGAGAGAGCAGCAGGUUCUGGACGCAAAGGUCGCUGCCGUCAGCAACCUGAGCCUCAACAACGGACGCUCAGACAAGGACAAGGCUGCCUUGGAGAGUCUGAGUCAACAGCUGAAGCAGCAGGCGGAGGACAAGUUCAGCCACGCCAUGCUGGACUUCACCAUGAGUGGAGAUUCUGACGGCUCCCCGAGUGUCUCAGACUCCAGAAUAUUCCGGGAGGCACGGGGUCGCGGCAACGCUGAGCCACACAUCAAACGGCCAAUGAACGCCUUCAUGGUUUGGGCCAAAGACGAGAGGAGAAAGAUCCUCCAGGCCUUCCCUGACAUGCACAACUCCAACAUCAGCAAGAUCCUCGGCUCACGCUGGAAAGCCAUGACCAACCUGGAGAAGCAGCCGUACUACGAGGAGCAGGCUCGCCUCAGCAAACAGCACCUGGAGAAGUACCCGGACUACAAAUACAAGCCGAGGCCUAAACGCACCUGCCUGGUGGACGGGAAGAAGCUGCGCAUUGGCGAGUACAAAGCCAUCAUGAGGUCCCGCAGACAGGAGAUGAGACAGUACUUCAGUGUGGGGCAGCAGGGUCAGUUACCCUUGUCCUCCGCAGGAGUAGUCUACCCAGGUGCCCUGUCCAUGGCAAGCCUGCCCUCCCCCCAGAUGCCCUCAGAGCACUCAAGCAUGUCCAGCAGCCCCGAACCCAACGCCAACCACCACCAGAAUCCCCACAUGCCCGGCCUGAAGGAGGACCAGCCACGAAUCAAGCAGGAGGAGCUACGGCUGGACGACAGCAACGGCGACGUGUACGACGACUUCGACUACGAGGACGAAGAGGCCGACUAUGCCAGCGAUAAUGACAACCAUAUUACCCAAUAGGAGCGCGUGAGAAACGCCUUCUUUUAAGCCAAUCACAGCUGGUUAAUCCCACACAAUCCCAAACCCCACCAAUCAGGAAGAAACGUUCCCUUUUUGCCAAUCACCUUGAGUCUCACAAAACCUGCCCCCUCAUCCCGUCCUUGUCCCUCUCCUCUCCUUCCUCACUAACACGGACUCUACAAGAUGAGCCUACCCCCCCUCCCACUGGAGUCCUGAUACCAGCAUCUGAAUCAACUGAAGCACAGGACCUGUCAAUCACACUGACUGUUACACAAACCGGAGUCUGAGGGGAGAAGAGACGACUAAGCCAGCUCUGAAGCUGGCUGAGGAAUAUUCAAGUACUACUGCACGAGUGAGGAGAAACAAACAUCACUCUCAAGACCCGUUUGUAGAGAGAGGAGACGUUUAAAGUAAAAGACGGAACAGUGGACCUGUCAAAGGCUAACAGAUGACACUUUAAAGAUGGCGGACCUGUUUAUUAUCAAGAGACACUUUUAAAAAAAACAGCUUUUUUGUUCUUUGGUUCUAUAAUAUUCUCACUCAGGUACACGGUGCCAAUAAGUGGCUUGUGAAUGUGAUUUGUUGUUUUUGUGCUAAAAGUUUGAAUAAUAAUAGAAAAAAGAGACAAUUCCUUUUUCCCUUUUUGUUGUAAAGCACCUGAAGGCAUCAGUUUAUUUUUAACAAGGACAUCUUUUCUUUGACCGUGCAGCGUGCAGUCAGCAGUCAGCACCCUUUUUCUGUGUUUGGUGACUGCCUGCUCCCCCCUUGUACAGAAUCCAAUGGGACAGUCCAGCCAAGGACUGACCAGUGCAGCGUGGACUGUCCCACUUUGAGGGAUUUUCAGGGGGGAGCGAUGGGAAGUCUGUUCUUGGGUUGUGGAGCAGAAAACGAAAGCACUGUGUUGUGAGACAAUCCACCCGUUUAUCUUCUCGCUCCAUCCCUUCUUCUUAACUUCUCACGGGGCGAGACGUCAGUACAAGUUCUCUUGAAACACCCCACAGUGUGAGUGUGUCUGUGUGUGUACUCUGUUCUUUUUUUUUAUUUAUCUAUCAAGCUCUUCUUCUUCUGUGCAAGAAAAAGAGGUCGGAAGUGUAUGAUACAGAAAGACAGGCAACUUACUCUGCUGCUGUUAUUUACUGUACCACGCACACACACUCACACACACACACGCACACACACACACACGUAUACACAAACACACACACACUGCUGUUCUGCCCAUGUUUUCCUGCUCCCUCCAACCAAUAUGGUCCUGCUGUUUCCAGCCGGCAGAGCUGAGAUGAAGUCAGCCAGUCAGUGUUUCUGUUUGUAUUUGAAAACUGUAUUUUAUUAUUUCUCUUCAAACUGCCUCUAGUCUAAUAAUAUUAUUAACAAUAAUUAUAAGGAUGGUCAGCAUUUCCUAAGUUUAGUAAGUUAUGUACAGUAUAAUUUAUUUUUCUCCUCUUUAUCGGGUUUUUAUGACCAUAUGAAACUAUGACAGUCAAUGAAACAUUAUUCUAUUUAGCUGGUAGGUAUUUAGAUCAAAACAAAAGUUGUCCUUUUACCUUGCUUUGUUUUGCCUUCUUAUGUUCCCUUCUUUUACAAGGCGUUCAUUUUUUAUUAAUCCUCCGGACAGGCGGGUGGGCGGAGUCAGGACAGCGAGCGACUCGAUGCCAGCCCUCCUCCUCCGAGCUGAAGACAUAACCUUUUCACGUCCAGACCCGUUUCUAAGAAGCACUCAGACUCUGUGCAGUCAGAGAAAAAAGAAGAACAUGAUUUUUUUUUUAUUAAUGUUAUUAUAAUUUUAUUUGUAAUGGUUAUUAUUAUAAUGUAUAAUGUGAA